AUGGAAGCUCUCCUGUCACUCGCUUUCGACAACCUCUCCUCCUACGAUGGACCCAAGAUCCGAAAGGGUCUGCGCCAGGUAGAAGGCUUACUGGCGCAAAUCUGCCUGUCAAACGCAUCCUCGGGGCGAGGACGAUCCUCUUCCUUGUCCUCGACGGUGCCCAACGACGACGACGAUGCCUCUGCCGUGGCCCCUCGCAAGGAUCUCGCCCAGCUCACCCAGGACCCGGCCUUUCGCGAGUUCUUCAAGCUGCAGGAGGGAUUCGAGUGGAAUGUUGCCAUGCGCCUCAUCAGCACGCUGGAUAGGCUCAUGGCCAAGGGCAGCGACGGCCAGAACGAUUUGCUCAUCCUCAGUGCGCUUGACCUGAUCCAAGGCGUCACCCUGCUGCACCCUCCUAGCAAGUCUCUCUUUGCGCGGGAACAAAAUAUGAAUCUCUUGUUGGAUCUCCUCGAACCUUACAACUGCCCGGCGAUCCAGUCCGCUACUCUGUUGACUCUCGUCGUCGCUCUCAUCGACACGCCCAACAACACACGCACUUUCGAAGGGCUUGACGGCCUCAUGACCGUUACGUCUCUCUUCAAAUCGCGAUCCACCUCUCGUGAGGUCAAGCUCAAGCUUGUCGAAUUCCUCUACUUCUAUCUCAUGCCCGAAACACCCUCGCCUCCCCGCCCUGACCAGCGGGAAUCUGUCUUCCAGCGCAGCCCCUCGAAGCUUGUUGGCGCCUAUGGUGUCGACGGUAGGAACGGCCGCAAGCGUGCCAACAGCAACGGGGUCAUGACGCUGACCACGGCGGAGAAGCAGCAGCUCCUGAGUCGCCAUCUUAGUAGUGUGGAAGACUUGGUCAAGGAUCUGAGAACCUGCGCGCCUUUUGGCGGUAUUGUAUGCUGA